GUAAUAAAGAACUUAGUCAUUCAGAAGUAGAGUUGUUAGUUGAAAGCUAUAGUUUUGACAAACAUUUAGGCAUUUUGACUGUUGAAAUAUUUGACAAGGUCACUCAAUUUGCCAUAAUGUUGAAAUAUUGA